AUGCAUCUGGAGCAUCAACUGGCGUCGAAGUUCAACAUGACCGUUUGGAUCGAGUCAUUCGAUACGCCCGCUUGUAUGGCUUCGGACUUGAAGCGGCGGGCCAAGAGCGAGUGGUGGUUGCUGGUCACCAGUCCCUGCAUGGUGGCGUCAAAGCUGCCAAACGAGGGGGCCUUGAGAAGACAGCCGGGCCGCGCCCCAACAAGGGCUUCUUUUGUUCGACCAGUGGAGGAGCGAUUGAUGGAAGUGCCGGUGGCGCGAAUCACGGCUGCCUGCCAUGCCUCGUUUCAUGCCUGUAGGAGUCGGAUUCGACAAUGA